AGGGCUUCGAUUUCAGUCUGUCUCCUCUCAAGCUUCAAAAGGCUCGGGAAGAAAGCCGCCUCAUUAGGGUUUCCGACCUCUUCAAGCCUUUCAACAAAGAUGGUUUUUGUGAAAGCCCAGAAGUCAAAAGCUUACUUUAAGCGUUUUCAAGUCAAAUAUAAGAGAAGAAGAGAGGGAAAGACGGAUUACCGUGCUAGAAUUCGCCUGAUUAAUCAGGAUAAGAACAAGUAUAACACUCCAAAGUACCGAUUUGUUGUGCGAUUUACGAAUAGGGAUAUUAUUGCACAAAUAGCAUCUGCUAGUAUUGCCGGUGAUAUUGUUCUUGCAGCAGCUUAUGCCCAUGAGCUACCUCAUUUUGGUCUUGAAGUUGGUCUCACUAAUUAUGCUGCAGCCUAUUGCACUGGACUCCUUUUAGCGCGCCGUGUUUUGAAGAUGCUUGAGAUGGAUGAGGAAUAUCAGGGGAAUGUUGAGGCUACUGGAGAAGACUUCUCAGUUGAACCAGCAGAAAGCAGGAGGCCAUUCCGUGCUCUCCUUGAUGUUGGCCUUGUUAGGACGACAACCGGAAACCGUGUUUUUGGUGCUCUCAAGGGGGCAUUGGAUGGUGGCCUUGACAUUCCUCAUAGCGACAAGAGGUUUGCUGGCUUUAAAAAGGAUGACAAGCAGCUUGAUGCUGAACUUCACAGGAAGUAUAUCUUUGGUGGUCAUGUUGCUGAUUACAUGAGGAUUCUGACGGAGGAUGAACCUGAGAAAUAUCAAGCACAAUUCAGCGAGUAUAUUAAGAAGGGAAUUGAACCUGAUGGAAUCACUGAGAUGUACAAAAAGGUUCAUGCUGCUAUUCGCGCUGAUCCAACAAUCAAGAAGUCCGCCAAGGAGCCUCCCAAGGAGCACAAGAGGUACAAUUUGAAGAAGUUGACUUAUGAGGAGAGAAAGGCUAAGCUUAUUGAGCGAUUGAAUGCUCUUAACAAUACUGCCAAUGCUGAUGAAGACGAUGAGGAGGACGACGAUUAGUGUGUUUAGGAUGUCAUUUAGAUUUCAGUGGAGAGUAUUAUCUCCUAAUGUUGAAGGUUUUUGUGGCCCAUCGAACUCAGUUAGACUUCCUCUCUUUCAUUUACCAUUGAACUCAGUACUUUUGAGACCCCAAAUGUAUUUUCUCUUUCAAUUUUGACUUGAUUUGUUUUCUGUGUUUGAAUGUUCUAUGAUGUUUCAGAUUUUUUUUCUUUUAUUAAUGUUAAUGUGUUAAAUUAAAUCUU